GAUUCGAACGAAUAAAGUAGGAAUAAAAAGGCAGAGCUCGAGAGCAAUUUUGUGCAAUUAAUAUUUUAUAAAAAUUUUUUUCACUUUUAUAGUACGGAACUUUGUAUACGCUUUUUUGCAACGAAUUUACAUCGUUACUCAGCAAUUAGCCCAGUGCGUGCAUAUAAAUAUAUAUAAAUCAAAAUUACGUAUCGCGUUAGGGGCCAAGAGCAAGCAGCAAGCAGUAGAAAAAAGGCAAGCAAAGCGCAAAGCAAAGAAAGAAAGUUCUAAAAAUAUUUUGUAUCAUCGUGUGAAAGUCGCAUAUUUUAUUUCGUGCAACAACGACAACAUAUAAAUAAAGCUUUAAAUUAAAAACGCAACGACAGCGCAUCAUUAAUUGCAAAAAUGGUAUUGAAAGUCUACGUCAGCGGCAUGUCCGGCAACAAGGAGGUGAAGAAACGCCAACAGCGCGUUUUAAUGAUCUUGGACAGCAAGCAUAUUCAGUAUGAUGCAGUUGACAUCACAGAGCCGGGCAAGGAGAGCGAAAAGGAGAUGAUGCAAAACAAAUCGACUAGCAAUGGCGGCACAGUCAGUGAUCCAGAGCCAAGGCAUCCGUUGCCGCCGCAACUGUUUAACGAUGAUGAAUAUUGUGGCGAUUAUGAUGCCUUCGAUAUGGCCAAUGAGAUUGACACCCUGGAGGUAUUCCUCAAGUUGGCACCAGCCGACACAACGGCCGUGAGCAGUGCUCAAAUCGAACUGAAGCAGGAGAAUGGUGAGAAAGAUGAGGUGAAAGCUCCAGCGGACGCUGGUGAAGGUGAAGCUGAGUCGGGAGAUGCGGAUAAGGAGAAGGAGAAGGAAAAGGCAGAGAAUAAGGACGAGGAUGGCGAAACUGCAAGUGAAGAUAAGGAGAAAACAGAGAACGACGAAGAAGACAAGAAGAACGAGAAUAGUGAAGAAAAGACUGAAACCGAAGCCACAGAAGAAGGCGGCGAAGAAUCCGACAAGAAGGGGGAAAAAGUGGACUCAACAGAUGACAAAGCAGCUGAUGAUGAGAAAGAGAAGGCAGAGGAAACUGCUGAAAAGGAGGAGGGUGAAAAGGAGGAGGACAGUGAAAAAAAGGCGGAGAGUGAAAAGGAUGAGGACAGUGAAAAGAAGGCGGAGGGUGAAAAGGAGGAGGAAGGUAAGGAAACGGAAGAGAAAUCGAAAGACGAAGAAGAGUCGAAAGAAGCUGAAGGAGAAAUGGAAGAGAAAUCUGAUGAAACUGCAAAGAAACCAGAAGAGGAAACGGAAGAGAAAUCUGAGGAAACCGAAACGGAAGAAAAAACAAAGGAGAAACCAGAAGAGGAAGAUAAAUCGAAGUCAGAAGGAGGAGACGAGGAAACGAAUGAACAAGAGGAUGGUAAAGAAAAAACCCAGGAAGAAUCCACAAGCGAAGAUAAACAAGACGAAGACAAAGAGGAAGAAAAGAAAGAAGCUACUAAAGAAGAAGAGGAGCAAGUAGACGACAAAGAGGAAGAGAAGGAAGAGACAACCACGGAAGAAGAAACGAAAGAAAAAACCGAAGAGGUAACAGAGCCAAAGGAGGAAGUUAAAGAUGAAACUAAAGAAGAUGAAGAAGAAACAAGAGCAGAAGACUCCACAGCAGAUGAGAAGCCCAAAGAGGGUGAAGAGGAGACUAAAGAGAAAGUAGAUGGUGAAACGAAAGAAAGCACAGAAGAGGCUGAAAAGAAAGCAGAAAAAUCGUCCGAGGAAGAAGAGAGCGAAGAAGAGUAAACAUAAACUGCCAAAAACCAAAUUAAAACGAACAAACGAAUUGACUCCGAAACUUUACAAACAACCCCCGCACUCAUCACUCUCAUCAAAUGAACCGCAACUGUAGUUGCAACACCCACACACACACGCACGCACACACACACAUACACAUUAGCAAAUAAUAAAACAUGUAUUGUAAAUAAGAAAACAAAGAAAUCACUAAUAAGAAUAAAAAAAAAACAGUGGUGGAGGGUAAUGCAAAUUAGCGCAAUGCAAGCAACUGUAAAUGU